AUGAAUAUUCGCAGCCUUAGUAGUAGCUAUCUAGUGUUCUCCGCUUUACACAUUGUCCUCUUCACAAUGGCCAUCGUUUCGGCAGCCUUGUAUGGCAUAGAUCUCGCAAAUCGCAGCCCACAGAAUAAUCCUAAAGGUAGUCGGUGGAUUUUCGCGGAGGUAGUUGCUGGUCUUUCUGCUAUAACAUCGGUUUUAUACCUGAUACCGGACAUCUUGCGCUCCAUGUGUGUCUGGAUAUGGGACUUGGUCCUCUUUAUUCUCUGGAUAUCGCUUUUCGGAGUCUUUGGAAAGAUGUUUAUCCAUGAGCCGGUGGCCGACCAUAACAGCUCUCUCCACCGUAUGAAGGCCGCCGUGUGGGUUGAUCUAGCCAACGCCAUCCUUUGGCUAGUGGCCACGCUGGCCACCGCAACCUACUGGUGGGGGCACAAGGAACGAAGGAGUCGGUUCACUGGUAGGGCCAGCUUAUACUAG